AUCUUGUACGGUUAACGAAGGAAAAGAACAAACAGACGGCGGAGAUCAGUGGCGGAGCUGAGCUCGGUUGUCAGCGGAGGAGAUUUUACCGGCAAUGGGAAGCUUACGUGGCAUUUCGGUUGCCAUUUUGGUAGUUCAAGCUUUGUUAGCUUCAGUAGCUUUGGUUUCUGCUCAGGGAUCGACUCGUUCUCGUUGGCAGACUCUAAGCGGGAAUGCACCCUUUGUCAUAGCACGUGGUGGAUUUUCUGGAAUAUUUCCAGACUCUAGUUUCAUAGCUUAUAGCUUCGCUUUAUCAACUAGUCUACCUGAUGCAAUCUUGUGGUGUGAUGUGCAAUUAACAAAAGAUGCAGCUGGGAUUUGCUUUCCUGAUCUUAAUCUGGAUAAUAAUUCUGACAUUGCACAUAUUUACCCGCAUGGGCAGAAGGCUUACCUUGUUAAUGGCGUCUCUACCAAGGGAUGGUUUUCUGUUGAUUACGCUCUCAAGGAUCUAGGAAAUGUUUCUUUAACUCAAGGUGUCUAUUCUCGUUCCAAUAAGCUUGAUGGCAAUGGUUAUCCAAUUAUGACUGUUCAGGAUAUAUCUUCAAAUUUACAACCUCCUGGUUUUUGGUUGAAUAUUCAGCAUGAUGCGUUCUAUACACAACACAACCUGAGUAUGAAAAACUUUAUACUUUCUGUAACAAGAAAUGUGAAUGUAACUGUUGGCUAUAUCUCAUCACCGGAGGUGGCUUUCUUGCAAAGUAUUGCAGCACGUUUCCGAAGAAGCACAACAAAGCUUGUCUUCCGGUUUCUAGGACAGAAAGAGGUGGAGCCUUCAACCAACCAGACUUAUGAUUCUCUCUUAAAAAAUCUCACAUUUAUCAAGACAUUUGCCUCUGGAAUCAUUUUACCCAAGUCUUAUAUCUGGCGCGUAGAUGCAGAUCUUUAUUUGCUAUCUUCUACCUCUGUUGUCUUGGAUGCUCACAAAGAAGGGCUAGAAGUUUUUGCAUCUGACUUUUAUAAUGAUGUUCCAUUUAGCUUCAAUUACUCCUACGAUCCAGUGGCUGAGUAUCUUCAGUUUGUUGACAAUGGUAACUUCUCUGUUGAUGGAUUGAUAUCCGACUUCCCAUUAUCUCCAUCAGCAGCUAUAGAUUGCUUUGCUCAUCUAGGCAAAAAUGCUUCAAAACAAGUGAACCUUUUGGUCAUCUCAAAAAAUGGAGCAAGUGGAGACUUUCCUGGUUGUACUGACUUGGCAUAUUUAAAAGCAAUUAAAGAUGGUGUAGAUGUUCUUGACUGUCCUGUUCAAAUGACAAAGGAUGGAACACCUAUUUGCUUGGGCUCUAUAAAUCUGAUAGAUAGCACAACAGUUGCUCAAUCAAGUUUUAGCAAUCUUACAACAACAAUUCCAGAGAUUACGCAAGGCAGUGGAAUAUUUACCUUCAACAUGUCAUGGAUUGAUAUUCGAAACUUGACACCUGUAAUAUCAAGCCCACAGUCAGCUUACAAAUUGUUUCGAAAUCCGAAGUUCAAAAAUUCUGGGAAGUUCUUAACUUUAGAUGAUUUUUUAGCCAUGGCAAAGAAUGCUAGCUCUCUUUAUGGUGUCUUAAUCAGCAUAGAGAAUGCUCCUUACCUUGCAGAGCAGGGAUAUGGUUUAACUGAUGCAGUACUUAAUGCUUUGAGCAAAGCUGGCUAUGAUGAACAGACAGCUCAGACAGUUAUGAUCCAGUCCAGUAAUAGCUCUGUUCUAAUGAAGUUCAAGAGUAAAACCAACUAUAAACUUGUCUACAAGGUUGAUGGAGAUAUCGGUGGUGCUGAGAGUACAGCAAUUGACGACAUUAAGAGAUUUGCUAGCAUUGUGGUCAUUAGCAAGGACUCUGUCUUUCCUGAAAAUACAGCAUUCAUCACUGGUGUUACGGAUGUUGUCCCAAGGCUACAUAAAGCUAAUCUCUCUGUAUAUGUUCAAACCUUCAGUAAUGAGUUCGUAUCUCAAGCAUGGGACUACUUUUCUGAUGCAACUGUUGAGAUCAAUUCCUUCUACACUAUAGCUGGUAUUGAUGGUGUCAUUACAGACUUCCCAAAAACAUCUAAUAGAUACCAGAGGAACCGAUGCUUAAACAGAGGCGACAAAACACCUGGUUAUAUGAGCCCCGUUGAGCCUGGCAGCCUUUGGAAAUUAAUCACAAUUGACUACUUGCCACCAGCUGAAGCUCCAAAUCCCUACCUGAAUGAGGCAGAUGUUAGUGAGCCCCCUUUGCCUCCUGUUGCCACAAAAACCACCCCAACUUCAAGUCCAUCUGGUACUGCAACAGCCCCAGCAUCAUCACCAAAUGGACAGCCUCAAGUGUCUGCUUGUGUCAUGGUGCCGCUUAUGGCUGCGCUUCUUGCCAUGUACUUGCUGUUUUGAAUCUGUAGAAGAGUCUGUCUGCUCUUAACCAUUUUGCCCCCUUCCUUUUCUCUCAUUGCUUGAAGAUCAAGUAGCUUGAAGCUUUUGUUGCCGGCCGGAGUUCGUGCAGCAAACACCAUUUCUUGUUAGUUCUCUUCCCCUCUUUAUUAAUCAGAUCAGAAUCUAUGGAGAAACUAAGGGAAAAACCUUGCAGAGCAGAGAAAAAAAAAUGUAUAGUAUUCAUAAAGGGGAAAAAAAUUUUAAAAAGCCUGAGAGUUUGAGUAGGUAUUCCUGAGUUGAAAUCUUUUGUUAUAGAUUUGGUAAUUCAUGUAUUUAUAUUCUGUAAAAUAUUAAAAUUUGUAUAUUUAUAUUGUGUUAUACACGAAAGUUGUGUUAUAAUUCAUGUGGACACGUAUACUGAUUAUUUUUAUUA